AUGUCCUUAUCAAAACCUCCCUGGAAUCAUUUCGGUCCUCACCAUCCUUUCCCGGACAAACAGCGAUUUCACAGUUUCUACCGGGACGCUCCUUCCUUUCUACCGCCGCUAGGAUUCUCAAUAUCAGCUGCAUUGGUCCCACCGGUCACUUCCAACAUGAGUAACUCCGCCAACAUGAAUGCCCUCUCCCAGGACGAGAUGGAGCGUUUCCAGAAGUUGUCGAAUGAGUUCGAGCCUGAUGUCCAAGUAUGCGAUUCACCCCCGUCCCCCAGUCUGGCCUCCCAGGCGAGGAAAGCUGACCCCGCCAAGGGACCCCUCGUCUCGACCAAGCAGUCAAGUCACAAUAUCGCGAUGGAAUAUGCGAAUGCGGACCCCGCUUUCGCUCGAAAGACGAAUGCUCUUGCCGUGACACACCCCACAGUUCGCAUUAUGAAAGGUGAUGGGAAUUGCGGGUGGCGAGCCGUGGCCUUUGGAUAUUUCGAAACCUUGUUCAGCAGACUCGACCCGAUCCGUGUUCGCCAUGAAAUGGCCCGUUUCAAGUCUCUCAACACCAUGCUGAGCCAAGUCGGCCUCCAAGAACAUCUUUACGAGAUUUUCACGGACGCCACAGACGAGAUCCUAACGCAAACCCACCAAGCUAUCCAGAACGGCGAGCCGGACGAGGAAUUCCUUGUCAGUGCGUUCAAUGAUGAAUACAGUGCCAAUGCAGUCAUCACUCACUUCCGACUUUUGACCAGUGCCUGGAUGAAGCUCAACCCCCAGCGAUACCAAGCAUACCUCACCUUGCCGCUCGACCAGUACUGUGCCACCCGGAUCGAACCAGUGCGGACGGAGAUCGACGAAAUCGGCCUUCAAGCUCUGGUGGACGGCGUCCUUGAAGGAGCCGAAUUUGGCGUUGAGAUUCUCUACCUGGACCGAAGCGAAGGCGAGAACGUGACACCGCACCAACUGACCCCCAUACGGCCCCCUGGAGCUACAAUCCGCCUGCUGUAUCGGCCUGGCCACUACGAUCUUCUCUACCGAGCGGAAUCUACCUACCAGUCCCCACCUCCUGUGAAUAUGACACCCAUGGUCAACCUCCAAUACGAUAUGACUUCUAACCUUGCCGCCUGGGACCAAGGUGCUCUCAACUUCGACGUCAACUCCCAAUUGAUGUCAAUUCCAAACCUGAUGGCGGAUCCGGGAUUCGGGAUGGGCGCUCCAGGCCCGAUGUCGCCCAUGCCUUCGGUUUCUCCGACUCCAACCAGCCCUUUCCGACUAUCUCCAUCCCAGGAAAUGUACUCUUCGCCCAUGCAGAGCCAUGUGUCCAGUCAUGCACCAUCGCACGCGCAGAGUCACGCACCUGUCCCUUCUAUCCCUGUUUCUUCGCCUACGCCUACUAUUCCGUCUGCUGCGCCUCCGCCGAUGACCUCCCUGCCGAGUCGGUCAUCUGAUGGUCCGCAAAUACGAUUGAAUCCGCUGGUUAUGAAGCCAAAUCUGAGUUAUUCGCUGCCGGUCACGACACCUUUUAAGAAUUCGCCCUACAAUCAGGCGCAUUUUCAAAAUUCCGAUUUCCAACCCAUCCAUUACGAGCCAAACGAUUCCCGCAGAUCUUAA